GCCAUCUGGGCCUCAGUCGAACCAAGUCAAUCUCUCGUUCCCAUCAAGUUGCAAAUCGCGAGCAAGUCAAUUCUUGCUAUUGCCUCGACACGAACAACCGCCCACCGUGUCAAACCCGCGGUCGAUUGACUGAUAAAGAAACACAAACAAAAUUUUAAAAGAGGAAAAAAAAAAAAAAAAAACUUAAUAAGGGGAACACUAAUAACCGCCACCGACCACACCAUGGACCGGCAGACGACGGUCGAGCCUGCGAUUGACGAGGAAGACCUCAGCGUCACGUGUUGCGCACCCGCUCGCGCCGCCUUGGACGACUUGACGCGCCCUAUAGUGGUUGGAGAGUCCUUUGCAAGAGCCAACAAACGCGGCGAUGGCGUCUUUUUCACGUGGCCCUUUCUCGGCCCCCUGCUAUUUGAAAACGAGACGAGCGACUGCCGCGACCAUUGCGCCAACGAACGAACCUUUCUCGCCUAUCUACGCCUCGCAAUGUUCAUGGCCCUGGUAUCAGCCGCCAUCAUCCUGUCGUUCCAUCUCAAGCUCGAGCCCACCGAGAUAGAGCUCCGCAUGGCCAAGCCGUUGGGGCUGAUCUUUUGGGUGCUAUCGGCCACAUGUUUGGGGUUGGGUCUGACAAACUACAUCAAAACCGUCGACAAGUACGGCAGGCGUGCGGCUCUUGUCCAGUCUGGAUGGAAGACUCAGAGUAUUCUAACCCUCAUCGUAGUGACAAUCGUUGGAACAUGUGUAACACUGCUAGUCGUUAAUAAGAUGAUCCAGAAUUAGUUAUCGCUACUGGAAGGGUCUAGUUGGCACUUCAUUUGCUACGCAAAGCUCCAGAAGUUACCGAAUCCAGUAUCCCAUACCUCUGAUUUUUAUAGCUCAAAAUUCAACCAAGGUUGAGACAUAUUUCUCAGCAUCUCUCAACCUU